AUGCCUCAGAGUGAUUACGCAUGGGGUAACGUUGCGCUGGAGAUGCCCCGAAGGCUCCUUCAUGUCCCUACCAUGACAUCAGUCGAGCUACCACUACCCGGAGACCAAAAGCCAAUCUACAACAUACUCUCCUACACUUGGGGCCGAUGGAGGUCCAUUGAGUAUGAGUCCAUCAAUAUCAGGGGAACACCAUGGAAGAUUCCAGCAGUCGACCCUAACUUUGCCUUCUCGCCAAAACAAUUCGAAAACGUCCUGCGACGUGUAGCCAAGGAGGUCGAUUAUGUCUGGGUAGACAUCGCUUGCAUAAAUCAGGGGAGGAACCCGGAAGACAUUGCUGAAGGCAUGGAUCAGAUAGGAAAACAGAUGGGGAUCUUCAAAGGAGCACGUGAAGCUUAUGUUUGGUUGCAUUCCUCAUCGAGAAAUCAACUCGACAAGAUCGACGAAUCAGAAGAAGAUUUCUUGGAGUUUACCGACAUGCUUGGACGUCUCGAACAAGCAAGACAUGCAUAUGCAGACCCUCCCGACGAAGGACCCGCCAUUCAAACCCUGGAUAGCGCGAUGACAGCGCUUAGGUCGUGGACAAGUGACCCAUGGUUCAGUUCGUUAUGGACAUUGCAGGAAUCAGUACUCAGAAGAGAUGCCAUCAUCCUGUCCUGCGAAGGCGAGAUAGUUCUCUCUGCAGAUGACGAGACCCCGAUGGACCUUAGUAUGGCAGGAAACUUUCUCCUAAACGUGCUGAAGCGAACGUACAGAUUUGUUAAAACCUCUACAAACUCUCCUGUCCUGUUGAAGAAGAUAUCUGAGGCAAGAGAUGAGAUUCGCUCGAAUAUCCUCGCCUUCAUGAUAUGCAACAAUCCUAAUGUUGCCUUUGGACUGGCCAGACACCGCACAGCUAAGCGUGAGGAAGAUCAAAUUUACGGAAUCAUGCAAGUCUACGGACUCAGACUGGGCAAAACUAUGGAGCCUGACAAAUCUUUCACGCUCGAGCAAUUGAAAGAUCAACUCUCCAUUCGACUGAAUGAGCAAAGCCCCGUGCUUGCCCAGAUGUUCGUUCACUCGCAGACGCCCCGAGCUGGCCGGAGUUGGCAAAUAACACAGCAGUGUUGGGUACCAUCACCACUCAUAAGCUGCGAGCUGCGAGCUCGCGAAGCAAAUGACUGCUCCGUUUCCAUCGACGCCAACAUGCGUGCAAUUAUAACGGGCCGCGCUUGGCCUCUCGCCGACAUGAUCCCACUUUUGGAGGACGAGUGGAAUUGGGGGAAUCUCAUAUUAGAUUGCAACUCCAACAUCGGAAACGCAAGUUGGAAAUCUAUAGAAAGGGGCGACCCCCAAGUCCUAGCACAUACAGACAGGCGGCUUCGCGAGCGUUGUGACGAGAUAAGAAGAGCGCUUUCGGAUAGCUUGGACAAUAUCUUGCCCGUUGAAGAGCUGAUUCUCGUGUACACGGGCCGGAUCCAGGACCGGGAGUCCGUACAUCUUAGUCUUGUCUUAUUACGUCAACAAGAGUUUUGGAAGGGGUCUCACCUCUGGGUAAGAGUGGGUAUAUGCUAUUGGCGCAGUCAGCUCGACCAGCUACCUCCAAAUCCUAUUGGAGGCGACUUCUGUGUAAUUUAG